AUGACAUGCUGGGAAGCUCCGGCAUUAGAUUCUAUCUCCCUUUCCGACAUAUUCCCCGUUGACCAAUGGUCGACUGGUAGUCUCAAGCACUUUGGUCUCUCUGGGAUACAGGUAAUGCAGGAUGAUCUAAUAUCCCUCCUUGGGAAACUGCCGCCUACACUCGUAUCUAUUGAACUGAGUUUUCUCUCAAUCAUAGAGGGAACAGGCCAUUACGCUGGGAUCCUUGCUAAUAUCCGAGAUAAAUUGGGCUGGAGACAUCGCCCUAUCGACAAACGAAUCAGAGUAAGCGUUCUUGUGAGGCUUGAUCAGACGGACCCUGGACAUUACACAUGUCUUGACAAGGAAGUCAACGAUUAUCUGUACGGUAAUGGCCCCCCGCCAUUUGGUGUUAACGAACAGGGCGGUGGGUAUGCUGAGGUUGACUUUGGGAAUGGCAUGCAGUACGAUGAGUUCGAUCCGGACUUUGCCCGACCUUACAGAUGA